GUAUCAAACUGUGCCUAAUAAAAAAGAAACCCCAGCCCACCUGGACUGGACCUGAAUAAAAGAGUCUGGUAGUCAGAGCCUCCACUAUGGAGAUCGUCCGGCGACGCCGUGCAAUCGGGGAAACCAUGAAUGUAAGUCCUUUAGCACGCAAAGCCAAAAACCAGAAGCUAAAUGAUGAACAGAACACAGAUAGAAUAAGCAAUCUACCUGAUGCGAUUCUUCAGCGCAUUCUAACCUUACUUGAAACAAAAGAUGCUGUUAAAACAAGUACAUUAUCAAAAAGAUGGCAGUACCUAUGGAUGUCCAUUACUGAUCUUGUGUUUGUGGAGGAUGGGCCAGAUAAGAGGAAGAAGAGGGUGCAAUUCAUGAAUUUUGUGGAAAGGGUACUUGUGCUUCGUGACUCCUCAGAUUUGACUCUAUUCGUGCUUUCAUGUGAUGUGCUAAAUGAUGCCUCUCGCAUUAAUGCAUGGAUUUCGGCUGCAGUAAUGCACAAAGUUCAAGUGUUAUCUAUUGGCCUCGGUAGUGAUGAAGAUUCAAGGUGUAAUUCUGAAGAACCAAUCGUGCUGCCUCAUUGCCUAUUUACUUCUGAAUCACUGACAUAUUUCUAUCUGGAGUUGUUUGUUCUUCUCAAGGUUCCUUCUUCCAUCCGGUUUUCAAGUCUUAAGACUUUGAAAAUAAGGUUUGCUAUAUUUCCAGAUGACCGCUCGAUGCAACGCCUUUUCUCUGGUGUCCCAGUCCUGGAGGAUUUAACUUUAGAUGCAUGCUGUUGGUGGAAUGUCAGAUCUGUUUGUAUUUCUGCUCCCAUGCUUAAAACCUUAGCCAUAUAUGAAACUGUAGACAGUCUGGAUCAGGAUGAUUGUCAAUUCUUGAUUUUUGGAAUAAGUCUCAAAUACUUUUACUAUGGAGGUGCAUUGAGAAAUGAAUAUUUCUUCUAUAAAACUUCAUCUCUAAUGAAAGCAGUUAUAUAUUUGGGUGGAAAAGACUCUAUAGAAAAGGGCAAAAGACAGAGAGAAGUUUCUUACCGGGUGCAUAAACUUCUCAGAGGGCUCUCUUUAGUAAAAGAACUCGCUAUCACUCCUUACAUUAUUGAGGGUCUCAGUUAUGCAGAGGAACUGUUAACUCAUCUGCCUGUGUUUUGUAAUUUGACCUGUCUUAAAUUUAUUGGGGAGCCAAUGAAUUUUGCUUCUGGAGCACUGGGGAACAUAAUUCAGAAGCUUCCUUGUGUGAAUUCUCUCAAAUUUAACGUGGGGAUCUUCCUGUCUCCAUUUUGUGAAGAAGGUGAAUGGAAGUUGGAUCCUGUUGCUCCUUGUUUCUCAACACACCUCAAGUCCAUCACAAUUAGGGAGUUCGGUGGAACUAAAGGAGAGUUACAUGUGGUGAACUUUUUGCUUGAAAGUGCUCUAAUUUUGGAGAGGUUGGUCAUAUCCUGUUCACUUGAUAAGUUCUCUGGAGGUGUAGGGCGGCAAAAGGAGGUUCAUGAUCAACUAAUGCUAUCUAGACGAUCAAGGACUUGUGCAAUUGAAUUUUCAUGAGCCUUUCUUGAAAUUCCAACCACAGUUUGGUCAUUUCUGAGUGUUUGUUUCCAACAUUAUCCAGAACAUGUAAGAAUUAUGGCAGGACAUCUUUUGCUUCAUGUUUUGACUUCCGUCAUCUAAUUUCAAUCAUAGCUCCAGAGUUGUAUGUUUUCAACUA